AUGGCCUCGGCUGCCGCUGCCAUGGAACACGGCAUCAAGUCAAUUCUCGGGAAGGUCGACGCGAUGAACGUCAACUUCUCGAAGCAGCUCAUUGACAUCAAUAUGACGCUGUCCGAGCUGCCGCAGCUGAGAGAGCAUGUAAGGUCCACGAACACCAAGCUCAUCGAGUUGCACAACCGCCUGGAGGUCUUGGAGAGCAAGCAGGUGGGCGCGGUCCUGGACGCGCAGGUUGCAGCAGAGUUCGCCAAGCUUGAGGCCAAAAUCAACAGCUCCUCCCUCGCAGGAUCCAGCGCUGGCAGUACCGCGUCUUUUCCUUCAGCCAAGAAGCGCCACAUCGACACGGGUAUCCCUGCUGGCCCAGGACGACACGACGACCCUCUUCAGGCCGAGCACCGCGACAAGCUGAAAGUCUGGAUCACGGGUUUCGUCUCGCCGAUGCUCGGUGCCACCUUGGAGCAGCACGGGCGUAUGUUGCUCGGCCUGAUCCCGAGUCAGCACAGCGCAGGCACCACCAUCCGCGGCUACAACCUCAACCAGAGCUACAGCAUUCGCUUCAGCAGCGAGGCAGGUGCCAAGCACUUCGUCGAACAGUUCAAGAACGCUGCGCCCCAGUCCCAGGACACUGCCACCAACACCACCAUCACGCUCAGGGUGCGCUACGGCGCCCCCAUGUCUAUCCGCGCCAAGAACAAGUACCUGGGGAGGCUCUGGCAGGCGGUCAUGCUGGCGCUCAAGAGCGACGGCACAUGGCACGACAAGUUCACCAUGGGCUCCAACGGCUUCAAGGGAGUGCUCUACAUCGAGACGGACAACGGCAUCUUCGUCCUCUUCACGCUGGUCGCCAAGGAUCGCGACCAGUUCGAGUGCGACCCCAAUUCCGCCAACCUCACCAAGUUCGGGCUCGACUCGGACGCCGUCGCGGAGAUG